CGGUGAUAGAUCCGCUACUCCGCGAGAGACCAAAGAGCAGCACAAAUUGAGUAUUUAAAUCUUCGCUCUUAAACGGCCACGGGCUAUUAAGCUCCGAGGUCGGAUGAAUUAAUGCAUAAGCGGAUCGAAUUGUCUAACGUCCCAAGGCUUUGAACACCCAACUGCCGCACUUCGGUGACCACUAUCCCGAAUAAAUCAGUAUUUGCGGGUCCGGGACAACGACUUUAAAUUGACCGCUCACUCCAUAUCGCGCACUUCUGAGACUCUGAGUAAUACAGCAGUUCUCAUAUCAUUUUUCAGAAUGACCAGCUCAGCAGACUCUCUACCUCACCUGCGAUGGGGCAUCCUAGGCACAGGAUGGGUCUCCUCAAUGUUUCUCCGCGACCUCCUCACCACCCGCUCCGACGCCAAAGCAACACACACCAUCACAGCCAUCGGGUCCUCUUCCAUCGAGAAAGGUACUUCAUUCGUGGAGAAGCUCUGGGAGAAAGCGCCGGAUAAGCCCCAACCACAAGUCUACGCGGACUAUCAGGGUGUUUAUGAUGAUCCAAACGUGGAUAUUGUAUACGUCGGAACGCCGCACUCACUACAUAGGAUGAACUGCCUUGAUGCUAUCGCAGCGGGGAAACAUAUUCUGUGCGAGAAGCCUUUUACGAUUAAUGCGAAGGAAGCAAAGGAUAUCGUUGAUGCGGCGAGGAAGAAGGGUGUUUUUGUCAUGGAGGCUGCCUGGGUGAGAUUCUGUUCUCUGUUUGAGGCGUUGCGUGAAGAGAUCAUCGUCAGGAAGUCAAUCGGUGAAGUGCAGCGACUUUCUAUUGACUUUGGGAACAAGUUUGAUCUUAGCAGCCUGCCCAGCACUCAUCGUCUCAAAGACCCCGCGCUUGGAGGCGGUGCUCUACUUGACAUUGGAUUUUACACACUAACGUUUGCUUCGAUCAUUCUUGGUGAUUGGAAAGUUGGGAAAGAUCAUCCGAAACCGACAAAGGUUCUAUCGUCUCUCGACAUUGUGGAUGGUAUCGACGCAGCGAAUACGGUCAUUCUCGAAUACCCCUCCGCCAUUGGAGGUGUCAGAACAGGAGUCUGCACAUCAAGCUUUCGCUAUCGAGGCCCCGACGAAUUCGGCUAUAUUCAAGGGACCAACGGAAGUAUCACGCUCUUCGGUCCCGCAGUUAGUGUCCCCGGUGGAUUCCGCGUCACUGAGGGAGAGCGCCCGGGACCUCCUGCAGCCGAUACCCGAACCACGCGCGUGUUCAACGUGGAGCGCCACGAGGGAACGUUGGGAUUCUACUGGGAAGCUGAUGCUGUGGCGCAGGAUAUCGCAGCGGGGAAGACGGAGAGCGAUGUUGUUCCGUUGGAUGAGACUAUUCGUUUGAUGGAGUUGAUGGAUGACAUUAGAGCUGCGAAUGGGCUGAAGUAUCCCCAGGAUGAGAAUUAAGGAUUUAUCGUGACUUGAAAGUUGAGGCAAUCUAUUAAACCGGUAUUUAGUCACUCGCUGUUGAGACGAAUAUAGUUGCAGCCAAUUAUAAAACGUCAAAUACACGAGGGCUAAUUUUCUUCAUUCGUUGACUCAUGCGACCACAAACGGGAACAAACAACCUCAG